UGUCAGAAGACGAAGAGGAAAAAACGGUUCAACCGCUGCCUUUUUUUUCAUUCCGACCGCUUUAUUUGUUUCUCUUGUCGGUUCGUGUCGUCGUGAACAGACGAGGUCGUAGAGAUUCUCGGUUGUGUUUCCUGGCAACGUGAAAGAUCGUUCUGUUCUUGUGCAAAAAAACUGAACCUCGUCGAGGUCAAGGAACAAAUGAAAAUCGUCGGUCCUCGUAGCGUUUUUUUCGAUUUCGGCUUUCAUCGUUGUAGCAAAUUUUUCGGUUUCUCGGAUGACGUGCUGUCGCGUUAAUUCUACACGAGAAACCGAAUUCUCUUUUUUCUUUCCACGACCACUAAUUGAGGACUUGUACUUGUUCCAUUUAUGGAGUACUAAGAGGUAAGAUUUUCUUGUUCUAAACUUGUUGUUCAAACGUCAACAUCGGCAUUUACAUUUACUCCCAUUUUAGACCCCCUUCAUCAUUGCCCCUACUUCUAAACCUUCAUUUCUAGUUGAUCUUGAUCUUGAGUUUACUGCUAAGUUCACCUACUAGAAUUGCGGAGGCCUCGUCUUUUAUUUGAAAUUUAUAUCUACUUAAGUCGUCAUAUAGUUCCUCUGACUAGAAGCAACAAAAAAUGGACGCGGAGGACCGUACGGAGCGCUGUAAAGCAGGUGGUCUUGUAGCCUCACCACCUCCUCCUCCACCGAAAUCAGGCCUUUUGACACGCCUUUUGGACCAAAGAAAAAGUGUUUCUUGGGCGCGGUCAGUGGCUAGUGAUUUUUACCAACUGGCUACGGGCACUGCAGGACAAGGGAUUCCCGCAAUGAAGGAAAAGGACCUGUUGCACAAUCUGAUAUUAAGACACACGGAGGUUGAACUUAAAGUUGAUAUUUCGUUGUAGUGCAUGAAGAUGAACUUAAAGUUGAUAUUUAGUUGUAGUGCAUGAAGAUGAACUUAAAGUUGAUAGAGAAAAAUAAAAGAGAAGAUGAGGAAAAAGAAAAAGAUAAAAAAUUGAUGUCGAUUCAUUGUAACAAAACUACGCUGUAGUACAUAAUCUAAUAUUAAGGAAGGUCUUUGAACUUAAAGUUGAUGUAGUAAGUAACUAGGUGUAUGUUUGUGUUUUUUUGAGUGAUGUUGUUGUAGAUCAUAUUAUCUAGAAGACAUCACAAGUACAAUAUAGUCCCAAAAAUAAGUCUAAUCUGAGUGCUCUUCUUUGAUGCUGCGGACGACGCAACAGUACUAGCCGACAACGAUGUUGUGAUGGCAGUGAAGGGGAUAUUGGAGAAAAUGGAAGAAGCUAGUGCUAGAGAGGAAAGACAUGAAGGAAACGCCACGUCAUCUAGAUCUGCUGGUGGCGCUACCACAGCAGCAACUGUAGAUGCUCUCGUGCAAGCAUUAAUUGGCGCCAGUAUGGUCAAGGUGACCGACAAGAAAGAUGAAGGUCAAGAACAAGAUCUUGGGAUAGAUAGCGACGCUCAACAACGUGUAGAAGAUGAAGAUGAUGCUGAUGCAGAUGCGGUUGGUGGUGAAGGAAAAGGUCGAAGACGGCAAAGCCUAAAUGAACGUACUGCAGCUGGUGGAGGGGUUGAUAAAAAAGUUGUUACAACAACUGCUCGCUCCCAGAAGGAGAAAGAUCUAGCACGCGAUUACUUUUUUCUUUUUGUGAAAGAGUUUACAACGAUUGUUGCGAAUGAGGUAGCUGUACUGGCUACCAGAACAAGUAGUACCUGUGCUAAUGAUGUUGAAGAUGCCGAGGAAGCCAAUGCCAAGAGGAAGAGCAGCACGACUACCACCACAAAUAAAGCAAGUACUAAAGCAAUGAAGAAGAGGAAGACAAAGUCCACAUCCGGAGGAGAGGACGCUCGUGCCACUACAAGAGGGGAAGAUCAAGACGGGGGAGAUCAUGACGAUGAACAAGGAAUAGGAGAGCGAAGAAAGCACGAUGAUGAUGAACACCACAAGGAAAACUACAGCAAGAUCCUUCCACUUGUGCACCUGUUGAAUAGCUAUGGGAACGUCUUGCAACUUCUUGCAGAGAAGUCGCCUAGCCCCGUUUGGCGGCGUCAAGCGUACCUAGGUUUGCGAGCCAUUGUAGAAGGCAGCAUCUUCUUUCCAAGACCACCAUUUGACAAUGAAAGUAGUGGUCUUCUGCAAAAAUCAGGUUCGUCUUCUUCAAGUUCGACAUCUACAAGUUGUUUGACAUCUUCUGGUGCAUCGUGGUCGGUCCUCUGGACCAACUUCUUUCCUUUCUACACGGAGCACGCGAGCAAAGACAUCUUUCUCAAAAUAAAUCUGGAUGCACUGUCGUGUGCUGAGACUUUACUGGUGGAGAAUGCGAGACGUGUGGGGAAACUACAGCAGGGGAAGAAAUUGCACGCAGACAUGGAUCUCUUAGGAAACGCAUUGGGCAUGCUGGCCGUGGUUGAAGAAGGAACAACGCCAGCAACUGCUUCUACCAAAAUGGGUGUGAUGAAACGAAAACGAAGCACCACGACCACACUGAAAAGAACGCGUCAUGGUCCGGAGGACGACGAGAACAUCAAACUCGAACGCGACCAGCAGCUGCUGACCAGUGACCAACUCAAUCGCCUUCUUGGCAUCGUGCUGCAAUCCCUAGUCGAUUGCAAGAACAGUGAGAACCGUUUCCAGGCACUGCAAUUCCUGCGCAGAGUGGGGGAUGGCGAAUAUGAUGAGACUAGAAAAAAUACUACUGCAUCCAGGUCCACCAGAAGUUCUUGCGCUCCUACAGCAAGUACGACAAUUUCAACUUCUGUUACUCUCCGCUCUCUUCUAGGCCUCUCUUCCUGCCAUAAAGUCUAUGAAGAGUUCGUGGAGUACUUCACUAAUGCAGCAAUUUGGAAGGGAGAUAAAAUUCAUCAUCCGCGCAAAGUUCAGAAUCUUCAGAAUGGAAAGAAACCAGCGGGGGCGGAGAAAGAAAUAAAUGAGAAAAACAAGAAGUCAAAGUCUCCUGAGGUGGAUGCUCAUGCUUGUGCUUCAUCAAAUAAUAAAGACAUCUCACAGUCACAAGAAAGCAGCACCUCAACAUCCAAGGUUCCAAUGAAGAUCAAGAAGAAAAUGGGACGAAGAUCAUCAACAGGAAUCGCCGCCACGAGGCAAGAGCAAGAUGACAAGAACGAGUCGCUGAAGAAUGAGGCCGUAGAAGGACAAGGAAAACGACACGAACGAGCAGGUGAGGAAGAUUCCCACGAAGUCGCAGUGCCACGACCAAGCUUUGGCUUGUUGCGCCUUUUGCUUUCUGUCGUUUACAAUCGCUGCUUCGACAUGGGAACGCUUACAGCAUGUUCAUCUUCUUCUAAUCCUCUGCUGCCUCUCUCCACGAGCGCUCCCCACAUCAUGAAUCAAAUCGAAUAUCAACAACAUCAGCAGAUCCGCGUCACCGCGAUUCAGGUGAUCGCUGCCUUGUCUUGUAAGGUGUCAGGCGUCGACGUCUUCGAGGCUGGCGAUAAGGAGCCUCUGUGCCGAUUGGUCUUUGGAGAGUGCCCUUUUUUGGCGGCAGCAGCUGCCCAACUUCUGUGGCAACAGAUCCGGGAUCUGCAUUUAGAUGACGUCGGAGAGAUUCUAGGACAAGAAUUCGUGACAAAGAAUGGAAGUGAACAAGAUGUUGAAUCCUUGAACAUGCAGUUGCUGAACUUGAUUUUGUUCGUGGAAGCGUAUGUUGGCAAAGCCGUAGAUCAUCUUCUGGACGAGGCAAGAACUUCUAGAACUUGUCCAACAACCACAACCACCACUACUGCCAGUAUCCUACGUCUAGUUGAGCGCCUGGUCUCUGGCUUUGUUGACGCUGUACCUAUAGCUUUUUCGCAGUGCGUCUCCUUGAAGCAAUUACUGCUGUUCUUACGACCGGCAGCCACGUCCGCAGCGGCGCUGUUACGUGCUCGCAUUGCCUUGAGAAUCGUCCGUGUGGCAGCACAAAGGGACCCGAAGAGCUCAAUACUUGGUGGAUCAGUGCUAGAAAUCAUGUCAGUGUCGCAGAGCAAGAACAAUAAGGAUCAACAUGCUGGUCUUGGAGACGCAGAUGGAGCGAAAGCGAUAGACGGGGAUAAGGAUGUAGUAAAUAAUAAUAAAGGGUUGCAACCACAACAAGAAGAGUUGCUUCAUUUCUUACAAGGCUUUGGCACUUUUCUCACUACGUUUGACCAAGCGGGCAUCGAAGACGGAAAGCAGGACUUGUUUCGGCUACUAGCUCGCGUGAUCGUGAUGUGCUCAGAUGAGAAAUUCAUGCCAAGUUUCGUUUCUUCUACAUCACUUUCACUUACUCCAGCGAACAAUGCGCCUGGCCCUAGUGGCAGUAGCUGCAGUACUACUCGUACAACAUCCAGUAUGUCCUUGUUAUCAGCCUUGCAAUCUGCAGUUGAAGGUCCUACGUUGGCAGGUGUUUUUAGCGGAGCUGUGGAAAAAGCGGAAGCAUCAAGCAUGAACAAAAAGAACACCUUUUUUGCCGCAGCACAUGUCGCGACGGUUUUUGGAUCAUUGCUGCAACGACUUGGAGCUUUAGCCAAAAAUAGUGCUGGUGGAACUAAGAAUGAUACAGAUACUCAUGAUGAAAUAGUCUCAAAUAUCACACGUUCUUUCCUCACCUGUCUGAACCGCGAGUAUCAAGCAGUGUCAGCAGCUGUGGGUGCAGAAACGCGAGCGCGUUCUUCAUUGAUAACCCCUUCUAUCUCGUCAACUACCGCAAGCAACAACAACAAGUGCAACUUCGACAAGCUCGCUGCAUUGUCUGCCGUUCCCGGUAUCCAUUUCCAGUUCGACUCCAGCGCGUUCCCGACAAGCCUCCAAGUUUGGCAGCACCAGCGUUCUCCGACUGAUGCUGUGUGCGCAUUGUUGGUUUUGUUCAACUUCUAUGCCAACAACGUGGUUACACCCGUUGGAGGAGGCGAAAAAGGAGACUUCUCUAGUAUUGGUACUAGUACAUCUACUUCCGUUCUAGGUGCUUUUGCUGGCACGACGCACGCAGUUGCAGAGCAGAAUGGCGCGAAUAUGAACAAAAACUUGAUCGCUUUUGCCUGCGCGGACACGGCAUCAACCAAAGCAGCUGUAAGUCGCACGGAGUUGUUGCGACUGUGCACUCAUUUUCUUUGCGUUGAUGGUUCAUCUACAACGCCCAGCCCGACUGCAGUACUCAAAUACACUUGUGUCGCACUUCUGUUGCUUCUAGAGGGGCGGAUGGAUGGUGGCGCAGUCUUAGAUCCCGAACUAUUGGAGGGAGCAAAGAUGUUUGUAGCUUCAAGGUUGCGGAAAGCAGUUCGUGGCGCUCGACGACACAAACGGCUCUGUGAAGAUGUUGAAGAUGACAUAGAGGAUCAACAACUUGCUGUUGAACAAGAUGUGGAGACGAAGAAAGAAGGGAAAAAACCACAACCCAUGAGUGACGACGAAGUGUUCGACUUUAUGUCUUGCGGUGAAGAAGAGGAGGCAAAAAAGAUCGAUGACGGCAGCAAAAAGACGGAUGGCAAGAAGAAAGAACAACCCAAGCACGACAACGACGCUUCGAGGAACAGGAAACCUGUUCAUGUACCAGAGGACUUCGAACUAGAAAGUCAGUUGUUGAUAGCGAAUUACUACGGUAGUUGGUCAUCCUGCGGUGAAGGUAUGCAAGAACAUUGGAAAAGAAGCGGAAGCAAAAAUAGAGCUGCUCAAAAGAAGAAGAAGAACAAAUUAUCUUCUGGUAACAACUGUAGUGGCAAUCCUGGGUUGGCGUUGAUGCAUGGCACUCAUUUUACUGGUCAUCAUACUGCUGGCGCACAGGCACACCAAGAUGCUAAUCCAAUUCCGGUUUAUUACUCAAACGCUGUAGGUUGCAUCUUCGACUUGCUCAAUGAAGAUGACUUCAGCACUUCUAGUACUGAGAAAAAUUACAUCGACAAUCACGAAUCUGAGAUUCCGAUGCUUUCUGCUAUCUUCUUUCUCGCGUCAGAACGUCUCGACAAGCCCCUCGGACAGGCGGUUUUCCAAGCAGUCCUCCAGGCUACUGGAGCAGCAUCUCUUGUACCGUUUCCCUGGGUUGCUGCGGCAUUGAAGUUCCUCACUAGUCGAGCUAAGAAGGCACAAAAGGUCGCGGAGUUUUUGGGCUUUACAUUCGAAGUUUUGCGUGCAGAAUUUCAAAGAGUUGUGGGAAAAAUACGGAAAGAACAACUUCUACAUCUAAAUAAUCCUGCUCCUUCUAAAUCAUCGUCUUCUUCCGAUGACAUUAACAACAAGAUGACAACUAGAGCAAAUCCGUGUCCGCAACCUCUCGAUUGUGACGCUCGUUACGCCACACUCUUUGCGCAAUUGCGGAAACUACCAGCUCUCUGGCUGAAAAACUACGGCAUUCAACCUCCGAAACAAGACUAUCCGGACUUUUACAGAGCCGUUCGACGCGAAGUCAUGUCUCUUUCAUCGCAGGAUCAUCGAGAGGUGCUUUUUCAAGAACAUGACAGUCAUCUCGGUGGUGUCUAUCUAGGAGCUCUAGAUGCCUAUAUCACGCGACUGCGUGAGGCGGAGCGACGAAGGAUCUUCCAAGCAGCAGACGAAAAAUGCGGACUGAUCUCUCACGAGGUAAAAAGAAUGUUCAAGACUCAAGUAGGAGUACUACAACGUGGUGAUGAAAAUAGUGGUAUGAUUUUUGAUGGUAUGCUGACAUUGAACGAACAAGGGGAUCUCUUUGACAAUGCUGGUGUACAAGGACGAAAAGGAACCUCUGAUGCCGAUCACGAAAUGUCGAGCUGCAAAAAGAUGCCAACUGAGUCGGAAAUUCGUGGUCUAGUUCUCUCUCAAGAUGUAGAUAUCAACGCCGUGCUGGACGAAAAUAACGAGCAUCUACAAUCUUCACAACGAGAGGCGACCUUUGGUGCUGGGCUGUUUUUGAGCCGCUGUCUUUCGUCAGGUGGCCGUGGUGCGGGAGGAGGAGGUGCUGCUAGGAGGAGUAGUCGCGGCGUGGAUGGUGAUGAGAACAAAGGACAGGGAGAAGGAGACCAUAUGUUCGACAUAUCCGGCAUAUUGGCUGCUGAAGAUGGAAACGGCGAAACCGAUCAUGCCGGACAAGAUCUUCAAGAGAAUAAAAACAAGAGUCAGACGAGGACCAAGAUGAAUCUUAGUACGCCACUUGGUCCACCGCAGUUUGGAGGAGCAGGCUCAUCCAGCAACGUCAAGAUUUUAUCCUCUACAUCCAACAAGAUGAACACGAGCAACACCAGCACUUCUAGCGCUUUCAAUAAAUCAAGUGGUAAUCGACUUGGAGAUGCAACUGAGUCCUCUAUUCGUAGUAGUGGUAAAAAAAAGGAAAAGAAAUCAUCUACAACACCUACGUUUUCGACUCCGGCACCUCCUACAACUUCUGCAUUUCUUAACUAUACUAGUACACCUGGAGGAAAUACCACAGGUAAAAGUCAGCACCAGCAAAGUGGCCUUCUUGAGACGAUCAAAGAAGAAUCGAAUCAUGCUUCCUCGUCUUCUGCGGAGAAGAAUACAAAGUCGAAGAAACCUCGAACUGGUACGGCUGGGUCGUCAUCCACCUCUAAAAACGACUCUAAGAUGAAAGCUGCCUUGGCAGCUAACCUCGCAGAUAGUAGUAAGGACGAAAGGAUGAAGAAAGAAGAAGCUGCUAAGAGUACUAAGAAGACAACCAAUAAACGCAAAGUGGUCUUUGAAGAUUUAGAGGAUGAUCUCUUAGCAGAUGACGAUGUUGACGAUGUCGCACCACAGCCACCGCGUAAAAUCGAGAAGAAGUCCACCUCCAAGAAUAAAAAUGCUAAUCCCAAAAAUGCGAGUUGUAGUGCAAGUGUCGUGAUAAAAAGCAAGUCGGGGAAUACUAGUAAAAAGGAAGCUUCUUCAUCUACGUCUUCCUCUUCUGUCGCAGUUAUUAACCCGUCUUCAUCUUCUACUGCUUCUGAACGUGAGGAAAAGGAAAGCGCUCUGCCUCUGGCUGAAGCAGAAGAUACCCAAAAUAUAGGUCAAAACGCGACAUCUUCCAACGUCAAAAAGGCUCGCAAAGUCGCUACUCAAACAAGGAAGAUAGUGAUCAAUUCCCCACAUAAGGUUGGCGCUGGAGGUGCGUUCACCUACGCUGAAGAGGUUGCAAUCCAAGUCAUUGAAGAGCAGGAGGAGGUGCAUCAUCAACAUGAUCAGGAACAAGGGAGUAGUACUAGUAGUAAGAAGAAGAACGAUGAGGAUGACCCCGUUCCCAUUCGUGUCGACAAGAAAACAGUAACGACAAAGUCCAAGACUAAACAGCAACAUUUGAAACCAGUGAGCUCUGCUAUCAAGAUGAAGCGCAGGGCAAGCGCAGAGCAAGAUGGUGCACAAUUCAAGCGAAUUUCCGCACCAAAAAGUAUGUACGAUAAGGUGAAGAAGAAGGGGAGUAAGAAGUGAGUGGCCUCCUCAAGUGAAUUUUGCUAGUAUGCUAACACGAACAGACGAAAGAUCAAGAACAUGAAAAUGAAUAAGAAUAAGUAGAGAGUUGGAGAAGACAAACUACUUCGUCGGUCGAAUAGAACAACAACAAAGCGAGUACUUACUUUUGUCUUCCACGAACAUAAAUGCAGUUGUUUCGCUCGAACAAAAUGCCCAGAUUUUGAUUUCCUUCGAGAAGUCAUUUGAUAUCCAAGUAAGUCAAAGUCAUAUUAUACCGAUAUUAUAACAGAAUGAACGAACGCCAUAUCAUCAACAGACUAGGUCAACAUCAAAAUCAUGCAGUGCCACUGUGAAUUUUAGUUUUAGUAAGAAAUAGAAGAACUGUUUUUGCGUUUCUUGCCUAUCUUCAUGCUUCGCGAUAAAUUAGCUAGUAGCAGAUGAAUUACAACAAGUAGCAGAGAACUGUAUUUUUUUGAAAGUUAGAGUUGAAGUCAUUUUUUUGCAAAACAAAAAUGAGUUAGAAGAUUUGUAUUGCACUUAUCGAAGGAACGAGAACAAUCAAAAGUGAAAUUUUUACAGAAAGUCAAGCAGUUGUCUUUUUUCGCAGAAAGGGGGUAUGUUCAUGUUGUAUAUGUGACCGGCACAUACACAUAUGGGUUAAAAAUGAAUAGUCGACAAAAAACCGGAAUUGUACAGCAACGAGGUUUGAAUUGCAGAACUCUUGAAUAUCUCUACUUCUCUAAAAGACGCCUCGCAGAUAAGCCGCUGCUCCUUCAACAGAGAAAGACACCUCUAGCUGAUCGAUAUAGAUGCAAUGCUAUUUGAAAACAAAAUUAUAUGGAGAGCACUCUUACUGCCCCUACG